AUGGCCAGCAGUAAAAUAAUUGUGAACUACUUUGAUCUGACUGGACGGGCCGAGAUUAUUCGUCUGGUUCUUGUGUACGCUGGUAAAGAGUUUGAAGACAACCGUAUCAGUCGAGACAAAUGGCCAGAAAUCAAACCAAAAUCUCCAUUUGGGCAACUUCCAUUUGUGGAAAUAGAUGGCAAGGUUUAUGGUCAAAGUUUGGCUCUUGCUAAUUUUUUUGCCAGGGAAUUUAACUUGUAUGGUCGAUCAAACCUGGACAGCCUGAAGAUUGACCAGGUUGCACAGCUCAACGAGGAUUUCUUUCAGGAAGUGGUUAAAGUUUUCACGGCAGAUCCUGAAAAGAAAGCAGAGGUCGAGAAGAAAUUACAAGAAGAAGCAGCACCAAAGUUUUGGGGCUUUUAUGAGAGGUUACUGAAAGAGAACAAUGGUCGGUAUUUUGUUGAUGAUGAGGUGACCCUUGCUGAUUUGAUUGUCUAUGAUGCCAUUACUGGGUUCAUCGGUUCAUUCACGGGGCCAUUACCUGACAGGUAUCCUUUGCUAAAAGCACUGGUCGAGAAAAUUGGAAGCAAUCAAAGAAUCGCAGCUUACAAAGCCAAACAUCAAUAA